AACCCACAACCAAACGGGGUCCUUAAAGCCAUGCUGCUCCCAUGCUGUUCCUGAACCCCGCCUCCACGACACAUCCAUGGCCACCCUCAUCCCUCGUGGUCCACCACCAAAUCCCCACCGCCAGUUCCUCCUCCACCGACCACCGACCCUAUCCGCCCAGCUUCGCCUCCGCCUCCCUGUUCGCCGCCUCCGCCUCGCUUCCCCGGUCGCGGCCAUUGCCACGGCGACGGCCGCCGUGCCCCCCGACGACAUCUCGCAGCUCAAUAACCGUCUCCGCGCCCUCGUCCGCCGCCGUGGUGUCUCUUCCGCUGCCUCAUCCCCCAUGGACCCCGCCCAGGCGGAGGCCUACCUCCACAUGAUCCGCGAGCAGCAGCGCCUCGGCCUCCGCCAGCUCCGCCGGGACGCGGCCGAACCGGAAUACGAGAGAGACGUCGGCAGCAACGGGGAGGACGAGGAGGAGGGCGGCGGAAGGAGGAAGGGGAUGGCGGCCGGGAGCUCGUUGGGGCACCGUGUGGACCCGCGUGAGCUGGAGCCUGGCGAGUACGUCGUUCACAAGAAGGUCGGCGUCGGCAAGUUCGUCUGUAUAAGCGGAGAGGACGGAGAGGACUACGUGUUCAUUCAGUAUGCGGACGCCAUGGCCAAACUUGCAGUCGACCAGGCCGCACGCAUGCUCUACCGCUACAACCUUCCUCAUGAGAAAAAGAGGCCAAGGAAUCUAAGCAAGCUGAAUGAUCCUUCUGCAUGGGAGAAGAGGAGGCUGAAAGGAAAGCUUGCUGUUCAAAAGAUGGUGGUCAACUUGAUGGAGUUAUAUUUACAAAGGAUGAGGCAGAGAAGGCCGCCGUACCGGAAGCCUGAGGCGAUGGAUCAGUUUGCUUCUGAAUUUCCUUACGAGCCUACCCCAGACCAAAACCAGUUUCCGAUUCUUUUGGAUCGUGGGGCUGUUACCGGCUUGGACGUCGGUUUACUCCCACGACCUACCCGAUCUGCACUAUAUAAACAGGCGAACGUCUACCCUAGUUGCUACCUCAACAUAUGGUUUUGCACCGUUCCAGAACAUUGCGCCGUCAUACAAGUCUUCUCCAUCCCUCCUUUCGGCGUGCACUGCGAGAAGGGACAACAGGCCUCUAGAACCCUGCCCCUCGUGAAAGUCAUGAUCCUGUACGAGAGAGGGGCGAUCAGGUUUUUGGGAGGGCACUUGCGUGACUGCUGGCAGCAACUACUACCCGGACGACGACUUCUUCCCCGAUCUCGGGAACCUCUUCAUCAACGACAUGGGCGACGACACCAACACCGGUGGUUCUGCUCCUGUUGCACUGCUUUCAUAGAUAUUGAGAAUGAUCUGACUGAAAGAGAAACACCAAUGGACAGACUGAUCUGUGGAGAUGUCGGGUUUGGUAAAACGGAAGUUGCAAUGCGUGCUAUAUUCAUCGUUGUAUCUACAGGAUAUCAAGCUAUGGUUCUCGCACCAACUGUAAUACUAGCCAAUCAACACUUUGACGUAAUGUCUGAGCGUUUCUCCAACUAUCCUGAUAUAAAGGUUGCCAUAUUCAGUGGUGCUCAGAGCAAGGAUGAAAAGGAUGAGCUAAUAACAAAAAUUACGAAUGGGCAUUUGCAAAUAAUUGUUGGAACUCAUGCUCUUCUUACAGAACGGAUGGCCUAUAACAAUCUUGGUCUCCUAGUGGUGGAUGAGGAACAGAAGUUCGGUGUGCAACAAAAGGAGAAGAUUGCAUCACUCAAAGCUUCUAUUGAUGUUCUUACCCUGUCCGCAACACCCAUUCCGCGAACUCUGUAUCUUGCUUUAACCGGUUUCCGUGAUGCAAGUUUAAUGUCUACACCACCUCCGGAAAGAGUUGCUGUCAAGACCUAUGUGUCAGCAUUUAGUAGAGAAAGUGCUCUAUCAGCUAUCAAAUUGGAGUUGAAGCGUGGAGGUCAAGUUUUCUAUGUUGUUCCUCGAAUAAAAGCCAUAGACGAUGUAUUGCAAUUUCUCAAGGACUCUCUUCCAGAUGUACCGAUGGCUAUUGCUCAUGGAAAGAAGGUGUCAAAAAAUAUACAACUUGCUAUGGAAAAGUUUUCUUGUGGGGAAAUAAAGAUUCUUGUAUGCACACAUAUCAUUGAAAGUGGAAUAGAUAUUCCAAAUGCCAACACGAUGAUAGUCCAGUAUGCAGAACUAUUUGGGCUCGCACAGCUGUAUCAGUUGCGAGGAAGAGUAGGAAGAUCAGGCAGAGAGGGUUUCACACACCUCUUCUAUACUGACAAGUCUUUGCUUUCCAGAAUUGCCAUGGAUAGACUUGGAGCUAUUGAAGAGCAUUCGGAUCUUGGUCAAGGUUUCCAUGUCGCAGAGAAGGAUAUGGGUAUUAGGGGAUUUGGAAGCAUGUUUGGUGAGCAACAAUCUGGAGAUGUUGCAAAUGUUGGCGUCGAUCUGUUCUUUGAUAUGCUUUUUGAUAGCUUGUCCAAGGUUGAUCAAUUUCGUCUUAAACCCAUUCCUUACAAAGAUGUUCAGCUGGACAUAAACAUUUCUCCACAUCUCUCCUCUGAAUACAUAAGUUAUCUUGAAAAUCCUGUUGAAUUGCUCAAUGAAGCAGCAAAAGCUGCAGAACAAGAUAUAUGGAACUUAAUGCAAUUCACAGAAGGUCUUCGUCGACAGUAUGGGAAGGAGCCCCGUGAUAUGGAGUUGCUAUUAAAAAAGCUCUAUGUAAGGCGGAUGGCAGCUGAUCUUGGUAUCAGCCGGAUAUAUCCAUCUGGCAAAAUGAUCAUCAUGAAAACAAACAUGAACAGGAAAGUUUAUAGGCUCAUGGAAGAAACAAUGGCUUGUGAGACACAUCGCAAUUCUUUGUCAUUCACUGGGAAGGAAAUUAAGGCUGAACUUCUGGUCAAUCUGCCAGACACACUACUUCUGAACUGGCUUUUUCAUUGCUUAGCGGAUUGCUAUGCAAUUAUGCCAGCCCUUGUGAGAUACUAGAUUCUUUGAUUGAAAUGAAGGUUAUGACAACCACUAUCACCUGGAACAAACUAUUCAUGUUCGAGAAAAUGAAAAGGCAAGACACGAAUAUUCAAUUGAUCGGUCAAUUUUCAAUUAAUUGGCCAUGGGACGGUCUCUUCUUCUGUUGGUGUUGUCACUUCAGGCAAUUAAUCAGCCACUGGACGAUCUCUUCUUGUGUUGGUAUUGUCACUUCAGGCAAAUGUGUACCAAUAAUAUGCGACAUUGUUAAGAAAAUCUAUGAAAGUGUAGCGUCGAGGACUAUACCUACACAAAAACUGGAUGCCCAAAUCGAAAGGCAUGAACUACAUUUCUGCAUUCACUGACAGUUUCGUUUAGCUAGCAGUGGCUGGUGUGAUGCGCAAUUGAUGUCCUGAAAUGUUGUUCGUUAAUGGCGUUAAAGAAUUCAGGUUCAGAUUCUUAUUCAGAGAAAUUCUCCCAAGAUUCUUCUGAGGCUUUCUGAUGGAGAAAAUCCAGCAUUGUGACUAACAGGUGCAUAGAUCACGUUUUGUUCAUGACUGGUAACAUAUAGUUUUGUAAUCAGAAUGCGUUGUAUUAGGUGGGGAGAUUGAGCGAUUGAUUACUUGAUCUGUUUGAUUCAGCAAAGGGUUGGUUUCUCAUUUUCUUUUUUUGAGGGGAACUAAAACUUUAUUGAUUAACUCGUUCGAGAGGUAUGAUUACAGUGUCGUGCGGCUCAAGUAGCCACACAUGUCUACCUAUGUCUAAGUACAAAGAAUAUUUUGCUA